CAUGAACUGAAUCCGGAUGAUACUGUGCCACCGCCAGGGACCGAUAUUCUCAAGGCCGUGGGGGCUUGGGAUAGAGCGGGCGCCCCUCCCUCAACGAUGUUGCAGACUCGGCUUGACAUACCCUGUAGGCCGUGGAAGGGAGCGUUCGACGGCGCUGUGCAGAAAGCACCCGGGGACGCGGGCUGCUCUACAGGUGACCUGAUUUUGCACGCUUUAAAUACUCCUGAUCUGGGGGAGAUGGAAAGCGCAAUGGAGGCGAGUAUGGUCAUGAAGUAUUUUAGUCCGCAAUCAGAGACCUUCCGCCAGGUGCUCCUUAAGCAUGGCGUUUUCCAGGUUAGAGCCGACUGCAGGGGUAUGUUAGGAAAGCCUCCACGAGACCCGACGACAUUG